AAAACUAAACGUCAGAUCGAGGAAUGCUAUACCUCGCUGAGUUCAUAGUUGUUUUUUAAUAUCCUUCAAAAAUUAUAGUUCCGUUUCUAUGUAAUAACGUACCAGCUAGUGAAAUAUGGAAGAAAGUGCUUCAUCUGAAGAGUCGACUCCCGAUAAACAAGCGGCCGUCUGUCCCGUGGGCGAUUGCCAGGCUGUGGUGAAGCACACCCACCUGCUGCGCCACAUGAUCAGCGAGCACCUGGACCCGCGGGCGGGAGCUCUGCCCUUUCAACUGCGCCUGCGCGAGGUGACCAGUGGCCAGCGCACCCUGCUGAUGCUCACCUACCGCCAGCUGGUCGUCGACCAUGACCAGUGCCUGGCCGUGCUCAACUGGAGCUCCGACUCGCCCUUCGACCUGAUGGAACCGCAGUUGGAUCUGCCGCCCUGCCACCAGGGCUUGACCUACCACCUGCCCGUUCUGGUGAUGGUCUGCCGCACCACCUGGAAGGCUCUCCUGAGGCAAGAUGUCGAGGCGGUGGCCCGGAACUCCAGAGACCUAGCCUCGGAGUGGGGCACUGUCUAUCUGCUGUGGCUCGUCUCACCCUACACGCGGCGGGCCAUCUACGCAAAUCUGGCUGUGCUGAACAGCCAGCUGCAGGGCAUCGUGCGAAGGAAUCGCCGGAGGGUGCGGAACUUCGCCAGCCGGAUGCCCAUCAGCCAGUUCAUCAACGGCCUGGACCCCUUCUUCGUCAGCCUCAACGAGGACCAGCUGGACGAGCUGUGCGACGGAGGCGGCGAUCACUCGUCCGUCUUCCUGGAGGUCACCAUCGUGGGCGAGGGGCAGUAAAAAGGACUUCUUCAAAAUCAAAAUUAUUAUAAAAUUGUCAAUGAGUUUUGAUGCCAAAUUUUGCAUUUUCAUAGGCCUUCCUUGUCACAUUGUAAAUUUCAAACCAUAAAUAAAAAACUUAAUAUAUAUUUUCUUUA